AUGUCGCUGAGGGUCUUGGGCUCUGGAACCUGGUCCUCAGCCCCUAAAAUGUUCCUCCUGCUGACAGCACUUCAAGUCCUGGCUAUAGACAUGACACGGAGCCAAGAGGAUGAGAACAAGAUAAUUGGUGGCUAUACAUGCACCCGGAGCUCCCAGCCAUGGCAGGCGGCCCUGCUGGCGGGUCCUGGGCGCCACUUCCUCUGCGGAGGUGCCCUGCUUUCAGACCAGUGGGUCAUCACCGCUGCUCACUGCGGCCGCCCGAUCCUUCAGGUCGCCCUGGGUAAACACAACCUGAGGAGGUGGGAGGCCACCCAGCAGGUGCUGCGCGUGGUUCGCCAGGUGACGCACCCCGACUACAACUCCCGGACCCACGAAAACGACCUCAUGCUGCUGCGGCUCCAGCAGCCCGCGCGGAUCGGGAGGGCAGUCAGGCCCAUUGAGGUCGCCCAGGCCUGUGCCAGCUCCGGGACCUCUUGCCGAGUGUCAGGCUGGGGAACUAUAUCCAGUCCCAUCGCCAGGUACCCCGCCUCUCUGAAAUGUGUGAACAUCAACAUCUCACCGGAUGAGGUGUGCCAGAAGGCCUAUUCUAAAGCCAUCACACCUGGCAUGGUCUGUGCAGGAGUUCCCCAGGGCGGGAAGGACUCUUGUCAGGGGGAUUCUGGGGGACCCCUGGUGUGCAGAGGACAGCUCCAGGGCCUUGUGUCUUGGGGAAUGGAGCGCUGCGCCCUGCCUGGCUACCCUGGUGUCUACACCAACCUGUGCAAGUACCGAAGCUGGAUUGAGGAAACGAUGCGGCACAAAUGAUGGUCUUCACGGUGGGAUGGACCUCGUCAGCUGCCCAGGCCCUCCUCGCUCCACUCAGGCCCCAGCCCCUCCUCCCUCAGACCCAGGAGUCCAGGCCCAGCCCCUCCUCCCUCAGACCCAGGAGCCCCAGUCCCCAGCCCCU